UUGUGGCCAAAAACAUGACUAGUGUCAAAUUGAACCUAGACACAUUCCGCACCGGAUAGACCCACCCAACACAGCUCCAUAGUAUUUCACUCCCCAAAACCCCCGUAACCCAGUUCACUGACUCACCACGAAGCUCCAACCCCGCGCGCCGUCCCAUACCAGAGAGGCACCAUGUCAGGAUCUUUGGUGGAAACCCAAAUCCCGCAGCAGAAGCUCUACAGCGGAAUCCAAUUCCCGUUAGUUAUAUCUCCGCCACCGGCGGUUCCCUUCACUUUCUCCGCCCUGACCAAAACUAUCGAAGCCGAGAAACCGUACCUGGACGCCCAGCUCCGAAAAUCGGGGGCCGUGCUCUUGAGGGGCUUUCCCGUAAAUACGGCCUCCGACUUCAACGACGUCGUUGAGGCCUUCGGCUUCGAAGAGCUCCCCUAUGUGGGCGGAGCCGCUCCCCGGACCAACGUCGUGGGUCGGGUUUUUACCGCCAACGAGUCCCCGCCCGAUCAGAAGAUUCCAUUCCACCACGAAAUGGCUCAGGUGCCGGAGUACCCAUCCAAGCUGUUCUUCUUCUGUGAAGUGGAGCCUGGAAGUGGGGGAGAAACUCCGAUUGUUCUGAGCCACAUUGUGUACGAGAGGAUGAAGGAGAAGUACCCGGAGUUCGUCGACAAGUUGGAGGAGCACGGGUUGAUAUAUAACCGAGUUUUGGGCGAAGACGACGACCCUUCUUCUCCAAUUGGCCGUGGCUGGAAGUCCACCUUCAUGACCAAAGACAAGAGUAUAGCUGAGCAAAGGGCUACUAAGCUUGGCAUGAAGUUGGAAUGGUUGGAGGAUGGGGUGAAAUCAAUCAUGGGACCAAUCCCUGCCAUCAAAUAUAUAAGCACAACGCAGCGCAAGAUUUGGUUCAACAGCAUGGUAGCCGCGUAUACCGGCUGGGAAGAUGCAAGGAACGACCCUGUGAAGGCCGUCACCUUUGGAGAUGGCAGCCCAUUGCCUGCGGAUAUCAUCCACGACUGCUUGAAAAUUCUCGAAGAGGAAAGCGUUGCCUUCCCAUGGCGCAAGGGUGAUGUUUUACUGCUGGAUAAUUUGGCUGUCCUUCACUCCCGGAAAUCGUUCACUCCACCUCGCAGAGUCCUAGCUUCGCUCUGCAAAUAGUUAAGGCCUAUCAAGUACGUGUUCUUAUGUCUUGUUAACUCUUCCCUUUCGGAGAGAUCAGAUGUUAAUGAUAUACUAGUUUUCGUACAAAAUUUUCAUGUUCUAUAUAGAUUUCUAUUUCUUUUCGUAA